GCAAGAUUCAUAGUACAACCACUGAGCUGUGACCGUUAUCUCAUCCUUAUAACACGAAUUAUUUUUUAAUUUAAUCAAGGAAAAACAAUUGAAGACAUAACACGUAACUCUAUUAUGAGCGCGGGGUCCGUUAAAUUAUACUAGAAUACGCAGAAAAGCACACAUGUCAAACCAUCCGUGGAAACGAGAUGGCCAACAAAACCGGCGCGACGCACACCCGUCGGAAUAAUUAGUGCUAUAUAAAAUGCUACUGUUCGAUGACAAAAACACAGUGCACUUCAAUUGCUUACUGGAAUACCUUGUCAGCAAAAUGAACAAGUAUUUAACGGUAUGUUGCCUUAUGGCAUCCGUUGCGAUGGCGUCGGAGUACGGGCAAUCGCUCGGAUACGCAACCUAUGCGACUGUCGACAAGAUUCCGAACCCGAAUUACGAGUUCAAUUACGCCGUCAACGACCCGUCAACCGGCGAUAACAAAGCUCAAUGGGAAAAACGUGACGGCGACGUGGUCAGGGGCUCCUAUUCCCUAGUGGAGCCAGACGGUAACGUACGAGUCGUGGAAUACACCGCAGACGCCGUGCGUGGCUUCAACGCGGUCGUCAAGAGAUCCGGACCCAAUGUACAUUCAGUGUCGGCUGUUUACGGACAAAUCGCACCUAAGAUACAAGAACAGGUGUUGUACACACCGACCUACGAAUACCAGGCGCCGCUCCCUGCUUACCAGCAGAUCGCUCCCAUUGCUCCGAUAAUAGAGGAGCCAUCUUACUACGCCGCGCCUGCACCUGCACCCUUACCAGCGCCGGUUGAAGAACCAAUUGAACACGGACAACUCCUAACGCAAUAUUUGGAGACCACGCCUCUCCUAGCGCAAUACCAAACACUGGACUACCUUCCGUACCCAAUUCAAGCUCAACAACCCUCGUGGGUGUCGGUGUCCGGCACCUCGUACGGUCACAAGGGAAACAUAGUCCGGAGAUGGGCCACCGGUCCCAUAGCUCUAGAUGGUAAAACGCUGACAAUUAAGACUAAGCAUUAAGGAUAACUAUAUCCUGUGCCACAUAACAGUAAGCUGUAACUUCUAUAUGUAUAAGUAACCUACUAGUUACUCGCGACACUUGUGUGUUUUUGCACAUUGUAUAAAAUAAGCACGUGUAAAAGUACACAUAGGUCUUAGAAGUUAAGAUUUCUGGUAUAUCCAGACUAGAGAAGUGUACCUGA